AUGGCGAAGACGGUGGUGAACGCUUCUGCAGAGGACCUUAUCGAUGAGUACUGGUGGCAUUUGGAAAGAACCCCCACCUGGAACCCAGCGACAUCCUCAAUAGAAGUCAUCAAAAGAAUUUCUAAGACCAAAAUGAUCGCCCACGUGAUCGGAGCAAAUCUAGGAUCGAAAUACAUCUCGAAAAGAGACUUCGUGGCUGUGUACUCUCGGCAUGAGGUGCUAGACACCCAGCGGAUGGUGGAGGAUUUAUACAUGUGCUUCAUCUCGACUGAGUUCCCCGGGGCACCGCCCGAAGGGGAUUACGUUAGGGCCACAUAUCAUCCGAGUGGAUUCCGGAUUUCACCGAAUGGAGACGGUACCGCGACAUUCCAGUAUAUGCUCAACGUCGACGUGAAAAUCAACGCCCUACUGAAGGCUUUAGCCCGAAUUGCCACGAUUCCGAAUUGGGUUGAAUAUGCCAGGAAUCUCAGAAGUUAUGCAACAACGUUGAAGAAAACCUGAUGCGGAAGCUUUCACAAAACCUUCUCACGUAGUGAAGGUUUACGAUUUUUUUUCCUAUCCUAUUGUUUAUGUCAUAUUUGGAG